CCGCAGCACGGCUCAAGAUGGCGGCGCGCGCGCAGCGGGGUGGCAUGGCUGCGGCCCUCCUCGCCGGUGCCCUGCUCGCCUUGGGCCGCCCGCCGCUCGCCCUCGGGCAGGCGACGGCGGCGGAAGGCUCAGCAGCAGCUCUGCCGCACCGCCGCUUUGAGUACAAGUACAGCUUCAAGGGGCCGCAUUUGGUGCAGGCGGACGGGACGGUGCCGUUCUGGGUGCAUACAGGCAAUGCCAUACCAAGUGCAGAUCAGAUUCGUAUAACAACGUCUUUGAAAAGCCAAAGAGGGUCAGUGUGGACAAAAACCAAGUCAAUAUUUGAAUAUUGGGAAGUCGAAGUGACCUUUCGAGUUACAGGAAGAGGCCGCAUUGGAGCUGAUGGAUUGGCAAUCUGGUUUACAGAAGAGCAAGGCUUGGAAGGCCCUGUUUUCGGGGCAGCAGAUCAAUGGAAUGGUGUUGGAAUUUUCUUCGAUUCCUUUGACAAUGAUGGAAAGAAAAACAAUCCUGGAGUGAUUGUUGUAGGCAACAAUGGUAAACUUCUGUAUGACCAUCAGAAUGAUGGUUCCACACAAGCAUUGGCAUCCUGUCAGAGGGACUUUCGUAACAAGCCCUAUCCUGUUCGAGUAAAGAUAACAUACUACAAAAAAACACUGACUGUAUUAAUUAAUAAUGGCUUUACUCCAGAUAAAGAAGACUAUGAAUUUUGUGCAAAAGUGGAAGACAUGGUGUUGCCAUUACAAGGCUAUUUUGGAAUAUCUGCAGCAACAGGGGGACUUGCAGAUGAUCAUGAUGUCCUGUCGUUUCUGACCUUCCAGUUGACUGAGCCUGGGAAGGAAGUACCAACGCCAGAUGCAGAAAUUCCUCAGAAAGAUAAAGAGAAGUAUCAGGAAGAGUUCGAGCACUUUCAACAAGAAUUGGAUAAAAAGAAGGAAGAAUUCCAAAAGGAACAUCCUGAUGUGCAAGGGCAGCCAGCGGAUGAUCUUUUUGAAACUGUAAGUGAUCGUGAACUGAGGCAAAUCUUUGAGGGGCAGAAUCGAAUUCAUCUUGAAAUAAAACAGCUGAAUAGGCAGUUGGACAUGAUUCUGGAUGAGCAGAGGAGAUACGUGUCUCUAAUCACCGAUGAGAUUGCUAAAAGAGGAGCUGGUUUGCCAGGUCAACAAGGGCAGGUUUCCCAGCAAGAGAUGCAGACAGUUGUGAAAACUCAAGAAGAGGUCAUUAGACAAGUAAAUGAAAUAAGAAAUUCUGUGGCUGAUACUCUGAGGUUGAUCAGUGGAGCUCAACAUCCUGGCUCUGCUGCCGGAGUUUAUGAAACAACUCAGCACUUCAAUGACAUCAAAGAACACCUUCAUGUAGUAAAGAGGGACAUUGAGCAUUUAGUACAACGAAAUAUGCCAUCUAGUGAGAAAUCAAAGUGUCCAGAACUGCCACCAUUUCCAUCGUGCUUAUCUACAGUGCACUUCUUCAUCUUUGUAGCGGUGCAAACAGUGCUAUUCAUUGGUUAUAUCAUGUAUAGGAGUCAACAAGAAGCAGCAGCCAAAAAGUUCUUUUGAUGACCUGUUCCCUUUGUGUGUACGUAACAGCAUUGUCUCCUUGGAACUUCCAUAUCUACCUUGUCACUCACUGGAUCAAAGGAAGGCUCCCAAUUGCCCAGCUCAAAUUUUGUCCUGUCUGUUCUUGAAAUCAUAGCAACAAAUUUGGACUUUAAGAAUGUUUGUCAGUCAAUGUAGCCUCCUGUUACAGCUGGCUACUAGAAGUUUCUUUUAACCCUAAUAGUAUGCUUGAUUCUUAUCAAGUAAGAUUUCAGGACUAGGAAGAGAAGACACCUUGGAAUCCAGUUUGAUAAUAUGGGGGAGAAAAAGUCUAAUAACUACGUGAAGUGUGGAUGCUAAGUAGCAAAUAUUUGGCAGUAACAAGAGAAUUUCAUUGUACUGGUCAGGGUAUAUUAUACAUGGUCACACCUGAAUCUUUCAAAAGUAAAACCCACAAUAUGGUUUGUAAAUUGCUUAACUUCCUGUUUGAAGAAAAUUUGACACUUAUCAAUGCAUCAAUUACUGUAACACCGAAUGCUAUCUACUGUUGGGGUUUUUUCUAAUUCAAACAGCUGACAUUGUCAUAUGUUUGUUUCUGACUAAUGUAAAUUGACACUUGGAGUUCAGAGAUAACAUUAUUUGAAUAAAGAUGCAUAUUUUUAGUAA